CGUCUAGCUCCCAAGAGAUCAGAAGUAAGUCUUAAGGUGGAGAAAGGCACACUUCCAGAGGCAGACACCAAUAAGAAGACAACGCAUAGCUUAACAAAGAGAUGGACACCAGAAGCAAGAAAAGCAGCCCAAGAACUCCAAAGCCCAGCACGCCGAGCCAUGCAACAUGGGGCAGACAGCCUCCGACAACUCUGAGGCCAUAACCUUGUCCUGCAAUGUUCAGUAAUUAUUCAGAACGAUACCUCUGAAUCAUCAAGGAAAGGUUAUAUGACGUUAAAAGUGUUCCGUUACAAGGUUUUCUGUCUUGAAAAUCUUUCCAUAACAAUUGUUUCAAUAAAAGAGGUCAGCUUUCUCAGCUCUCUGGUGCGCCAGGUGCCAUUCACUACAUUGCAGGAGACAAGCAGCACUAGAGUACUCACUAGCCUUUGCUGAACCAGGAAAAUGAUUUGCACACAGUUGGUGUAAUGUGUGUGGAUGCAUUUGAUGUUUGGUGUCAGACUACUGAGCAAGCACCACAGCCAGGUAGCCCCUCCGGUCUAGCCUUUAUGGGGGAAAUAUAAGAAUUGUAAGACAAAGGCCGGGCAUGGUAGCUCACACCUGUAAUCCCAGCACUUUGGGAGGCCGAGGCGGGCGGAUCACCUGAGUUCAGGAGUUUGAGACCAGCCUGGCCAACAUGGUGAAACCCCGUCUCUACUAAAAAUACAAAAAAAUUGGCCAGGAGUGGUGGCGUGUGCCUAUAAGCCCAGGUACUCUGUAGCCUGAGGCAGGAGAAUCGCUUAGAACCCGGGAGGUGGAGGUUGCAGUGAGCCGAGAUGGUGCCACUGCACUCCAGCCUGGGUAAUAGAGUGGUAGUCUGUGAAAGAAAGAAAGAAAGAAAGAAAGGAAGGAAGGAAGGAAGGAAGGAAGGAAGGAAGGAAGGAAGGAAGGAAAAGGAAGGGAGAGAAAAGAAAGAAUUGUAAGACAUGGACCCUGCCCUUAAGUAACUUGUAAUCUAGAGAAAGAGACCUUGAACUUCUUGGGCUCCCUCCAUAGGUAAUGAAUUGAAACCUGUGCUAACCAUGAGUCUUACAGAGCAGAAGAUAAUUGGGUAUCAGUGUGUGUGGGAAAGAUUAAAUAUGUAGUAGGCAUAGGAAAUGAGGCUCAGCAGAAAAAAACAAGGCUUGGUGCAGAUCAGGGCAAUCAAGAAAUGCUUCAUGGAAAAAUAUGGCUAUGAUGUAGGCACUGAAGAACUGAUAGAACUCCUACAGGUUUGGGGGAGAGGAGACCCAGCUGGACAGGCACCCAGCACAACUGGAAAUGCCGGGGCAAGCAUGAGCAGGUCAUGUUCCCAGGUCAGCAGCAACGCCAGCAUGCCCAGAACAGAGGCUGUGUCCAGAAGCACUAAGACAUGAAGUCUGAAAGUUAGGAAGAAGCCAACUUUAGUUUGGACGUGGUCAGCAGUAGAGGCUGGGAAAAGUAUCUGGGCAGGAGAAUGGCAUCACAGAUCACUGGAAAGUUAGCAAAGUCCAGUCAGGCUGAGCUACGUGCCUGUAGACACCAUGGUGUGGCUGGCAGAAACAGGCCUCCCUAACUCCGGUCCCCAGGUGAGCAGGAAAGACAAGACACCUAAUCUUGGGCUCCCCAAGCGAGGGCUUACCCCCAUUGCCUUCCCUGGAUGCUCCCUGCCCCUUCCUCUCCCACCCUGCCUGACCUGGUAGGGUCUGUGCAGACACCCACUGUGGGAGGAGAGUUGGCAGCUGUUUGGGCAGGUGAGUCAGUCACCUAGGUGUGGUCUACUCCCCCGCUCCCUGUGGAGGGAAGUGCCAUCUCUUGCAGCAGCGCUCGCUUUCCUGCCAUGCCUGUGGCAUUGGCUGUCCACUCCCUCCCAGCACAGGCUCUUCCUCACCCCACAGCUACUUCUCUCGUCCUCCCCCUACCUGAGGGCCUGGGCCAAUGGACCUUUCUCGAAGCCUGGAACUCACUCACCCUGGGCUUCUGGUUCCUUUCUCUGCUCUUGUGAAACUCCCCAGUUCUGUGGGCAGAUGCCCUGGCAGCAGCAGCACCGAGCAAGUAGCUACAGGCCGAGGGCCCCGGUGCCCACUCCUGCCGUCAGUGCUCAGCAAGCCACAGCCAGGAGGUCUGUUUGCCCAGCCGCCGUGCCAGUCAUCCUGACAGAUGAGGAAGUGCAGAGGAAGCGGGAGAUGAUCCUGAAGCGGAAGGAGGAGGAGGCCUUGAAGGACAGUCUGCGGCCCAAGCUGUCUGAGGAGCAGCAGCGCAUCAUUGCCAUACUGCUGGACGCCCACCAUAAGACCUAUGACCCCACCUACUCCGACUUCUGCCAGUUCCGGCCUCCAGUUCGUGUGAAUGAUGGUGGAGGGAGCCAUCCUUCCAGGCCCAACUCCAGACACACUCCCAGCUUCUCUGGGGACUCCUCCUCCUCCUGCUCAGAUAACUGUAUCACCUCUCCAGACAUGAUGGACUCAUCCAGCUUCUCCAAUCUGGAUCUGAGUGAAGAAGAUUCAGAUGACCCUUCUGUGACCCUAGAGCUGUCCCAGCUCUCCAUGCUGCCCCACCUGGCUGACCUGGUCAGUUACAGCAUCCAAAAGGUCAUUGGCUUUGCUAAGAUGAUCCCAGGAUUCAGAGACCUCACCUCUGAGGACCAGAUCGUACUGCUGAAGUCAAGUGCCAUUGAGGUCAUCAUGUUGCGCUCCAAUGAGUCCUUCACCAUGGAUGACAUGUCCUGGACCUGUGGCAACCAAGACUACAAGUACCGCAUCAGUGACGUGACCAAAGCCGGACACAGCCUGGAGCUGAUUGAGCCCCUCAUCAAGUUCCAGGUGGGACUGAAGAAGCUGAACUUGCAUGAGGAGGAGCAUGUCCUGCUCAUGGCCAUCUGCAUCGUCUCCCCAGAUCGUCCUGGGGUGCAGGACGCCGCACUGAUUGAGGCCAUCCAGGACCGCCUGUCCAACACACUGCAGACCUACAUCCGCUGCCGCCACCCGCCCCCGGGCAGCCACCUGCUCUAUGCCAAGAUGAUCCAGAAGCUAGCCGACCUGCGCAGCCUCAAUGAGGAGCACUCCAAGCAGUACCGCUGCCUCUCCUUCCAGCCUGAGUGCAGCAUGAAGCUCACGCCCCUUGUGCUCGAAGUGUUUGGCAAUGAGAUCUCCUGACUAGGACAGCCUGUGGCGGUGCCUGGGUGGGGGCUGCUCCUCCAGGGCCACGUGCCAGGCCCAGGGCUGGCGGCUACUCAGCAGCCCUCCUCACCCCAUCUGGGGUUCAGCCCCUCCUCUGCCACCUCCCCUGUCCACCCAGCCCAUUCUCUCUCCUGUCCAACCUAACCCCUUUCCUGCAGGCCUUUCCCCAGUCCCUUGAGACCUCAGCCAUGAGGAAUUGCUGUUUGUUUGACAAAGAAACCCAAGUGGGGGCAGAGGGCAGAGGCUGGAGGCAGGGUUUUGCCCAGAGACGCCCCCACCACUGCAUAAGUGGCUGCUGACUGAUGUUGAGGGAACAGGCAGAAGAUAUGCAUCCAUUCCUCAGGGACAGAGACACCUGCACCUCCCCCCACUGCAGGCCCCCCGUGUCCAGAGCCUAGUGGGGUCUCCCUCUCCUGCCUACUCACGAUGAAUAAUCGGCCCACAGCUCCCACCCCACCCCCUUCAGUGCCCACCAAUAUCCCAUUGCCCUGGUUAUAUUCUCACGGGCAGUAGCUGUGGUGAGGUGAGUUUUCUUCCCAUCACUGGAGCACCAGGCAUGAACCCACCUGCUGAGAGACCCAAGGAGGAAAAACAGACAAAAACAGCCUCACAGAAGAAUAUGGAUGGUGGCCACAGCUGUCCCUGUCACCAAGCCCACAGUUCCUCGCCCUGGAUCUAAGGGGUUGGUUGAGGUGGAAGCCCUCCUUCCACGGAUCCAUGUAGCAGGACUGAAUUGUCCCCAGUUUGCAGAAAAGCACCUGCCGACCUCGUCCUCCCCCUGCCAGUGCCUUACCUCCCGCCCAGGAGAGCCAGCCCUCUCUGUCCUCCUCGGAUCACCGAGAGUAACCGAGAGUCUGCUCCCCCCACCCCCUCCCCACUUCCAGUCUGGAGAAGCAGUGAGCCGCAUCUUCUCCACCUGGCAGGGUGGGAUGGAGGAGAAGAAUUUUCAGACCCCAGCGGCUGAGUAAUGAUCUCCCUGCCGCCUCAAUGUGGUUUCAAGGCCGCUGUUCACCCACAGGGCUAAGAGCUAGCGCUGCCGCACCCCAGAGUGUGGGAAGGGAGAGCGGGGCAGUCUCGGGUGGCUAGUCAGAGAGAGCGUUUGGGGGUUCCAUGAUGGUAGGGUAGGGUGCCUUCUUAUUCUCACUCCACCAUCCAAAAGUCAAAAGGGGCCCGUGAGGCAGGGGCGGAAUGAUACAACUUCAAGUGCAUGCUCUCCUCCGCAGCCAGCCCAGCCCAGCUGGUGGGAAGCGUCUGUCUGUUUACUCCAAGGUGAGGUCCUUGUGAGAGUGAGCUGUAGGUGUGCGGGACCGGUACAGAAGGGCGUUCUUCGACGUGGAUCACAGAGGCUUCUUCAGAUCAGUGCUUUGAGUUUGCGGAAUGCGGCCGCAUUCCCUGCGUCACUAGGAAUGUUAAAGUCAGUGGGAACGUGACCGCCCCAACUCCUGGAAGCUGUGUCCUUCCACCUGCAUCUGCAGUUCCCUGAAAACCCAGGGAGGAAUCAGACUUCACACUGCAAGAGCCUUGGUGUCCACUGGCCCAAUGUCUCUCAGAAUGCUUCAGGUGGAAAAACAUCUGAAAGCCACCUUCCUUACUGCAGAAUAGCAUAUAUAUCGUUUAAUCUUAAAUUUAUUAGAUAUGAGUUGUUUUCAGACUCAGACUCCAUUUGUAUUAUAUUUUAAUAUACAGGGUAGCAGGUACCACUGAUUUGGAGAUAUUUAUGGGGGGAGAACUUACAUUGUGAAACUUCUGUACAUUAAUUAUUAUUGCUGUUGUUAUUUUACAAGGGUCCAGGGAGAGACCCUUGUUUGAUUUUAGCUGCAGAACUUAUUGGUCCAGCUUGCUCUUCAGUGGGAGAAACACUUGUAAGUUGCUAAACGAGUCAAUCCCCUCAUUAAGGAAAACUGACAGAGGAGGGCCUGACUCACCCAAGCAUAUAUAACUAGUUAGAAGUGGGCCAGGACAGGCCGGGCGCGGUGGCUCACGCCUGUAAUCCCAGCAGUUUGGGAGGUCGAGGCGGGUGGAUCACCUGAGGUCGGGAGUUCGAGACCAGCCUGACCAACAUGGAGAAACCCUGUCUCUAUUAAAAAUACAAAAAAAACAAAACAAAAAAAAAUAGCCGGGCAUGGUGGCGCAUGCCUGUAAUCCCAGCUACUCAGGAGGCUGAAGCAGAAGAAUUGAACCCAGGAGGUGGAGGUUGCAGUGAGCUGAGAUCAUGCCAUUAGUCUCCAGCCUGGGCAACAAGAGCGAAACUCUGUCUUAGAAGUGGACCAGGACAGGACCAGACUUUGGAGUCAUGGUCCGGUGUCCUUUUCACUACACCAUGUUUGAGCUCAGACCGCCAUUCUCAUUCCCCAGGUGGCUGACCCAGUCCCUGGGGGAAGCCUUGGAUUUCAGACAGAGCAAGUCUGGAUCUGGGACCCUUUCCUUCCUUCCCUGGCUUGUAACUCCACCAACCCAUCAGAAGGAGAAGGAAGGAGACUCACCUCUGCCUCAAUGCGAAUCAGACCCUGCCCCACCACGACGUGGCCCUGGCCUGCUGGGCUCUCCGCCUCAGCCUUGUAUAAUGCUGUUGCCUCAUCUAUAACAUGCAUUUGUCUUUGUAAUGUCGCCACCUUCCCAGCUCUCCCUCUGGCCCUGCCUUCUUCAGGGAACUCCUGGGAAUAUCAGUUACUCAGCCCUGGGCCCCACCACCUAGGCUACUCCUCCAAAGGAAGUCUAGGAGCUGGGAGGAAAAGAAAAGAAGGGAAAAUGAGUUUUUAUGGGGCUGAACUGGGAGAAAAGGUCAUCAUCGAUUCUACUUUAGAAUGAGAGUGUGAAAAUAGACAUUUGUAAAUGUAAAACUUCUAAGGUAUAUCAUUAUAACUGAAGGAGAAGGUGCCCCAAAAUGCAAGAUUUUCCACAAGAUUCCCAGAGACAGGAAAAUCCUCUGGCUGGCUAACUGGAAGCAUGUAGGAGAAUCCAAGUGAGGCCAACAGAGAAGGCAGGAAUGUGUGGCAGAUUUGAUGAAAGCUAGAGAUAUGGCAGUGAAAGGAUGUAAACAGUGCCUGCUGAAUGAUUUACAAAGAGAAAAAAAGUUUGCCAGAAGUUUGUCAAGUCAACCAAUGUAGAAAGCUUUGCUUAUGGUAAUAAAAAUGACUCAUACUUAUAUAGUACUUACUUUGUUGCAAGUACUGCUGUAAAUAAAUGCUUUAUGCAAACCAA